AAGGACAUCCUCGUGGAUAUAGGGCGGUCGACGUAUCUGGGUCGCGAGGACCUGGUCGUGUCCAGCGUCCGGCGAGGGGAAAGCUGCCGCGUGGAGGUGGUUACCACGGAUCCGAUUACGCAAAGGGUCGGACGGAUACACCCUCCGGUAAGUAGUCGACUCCUUCCCUAA